AUGAACCAGAGCCGGGUGUUGCGCCCACGGAUAGCCGGUUGCGACCAGAUCAACGGCUUAUGGAAGAGGGCAAAUGGGACGAAGCCAACGCCAAGAAACUCGAGCUCGAAGAAAACAAGCGGAGGCUGUUGCGAAGAAAACGAUGAGGCAAAGAAUGGAAAAAGCCAUGGCACAAGGUGUGGUCGGCCGAAUGGCCGUUCGUACGAGGAGUAUCAGCCGAAAUGGUUCUCCACGAAAAAAAAACUUCAAGAUGAAAAUCACAGGCACACUUAUUCAUAA